GCUGCGGACGACUCGGCCUCGGACCUGCCCUGGUGACCCCUCACUGGAAGCGGGGAGAGCAGCGCCCUCCCCUCAACGCCCCGCUCCCGCCGCCGGGGAGGAACUGUCCCACCGCUGUCUCGGGUCCGUUUCACGGAGACGACGGGGCCCACCCUCGGGCCCCAGCAGCACCUGGCGGGGCGGCCGAUGCCCAGCCUCACAGCCCCUCUCCCCCAAAAGUGCGAGGCAGUAUUUUUGAAGGCGCCCAAAAUAGCGCGCGGCUGCUGCACAAGUCUCCUUAUUAUUCCUCCGGCGUCGGCAGUAAAUCAGGGAAGAUGAUGCACCUCCGCCGGAGCCGCUGGCGGCGGCCGGGGUUUUGGAGAGGGUGAGGGUUGCCGAAAGUGGCCGGUGGCCAGUGGCGGCUGCCGGAGCUGGGGCUCAGCGGCAGCGCGGGCGAGGGAGGAAGAACCGCCGCGGCGACUGCCGUUUCCCCUUUCCCCAGCCCCGGCUCGGCGGGCGCAUGCUCACUGGUGCCCGCAGCCCUGGACCAUAUUUGUCAGAACUACUCGAGAGACGGAGAAAAGAGAGAGAAUUUGGGGGGUACAUGCAUCAUGAACGAAUCUGCCUCUAGUGGAAAUGGUCAAGAGUUUGAUGUAUUUAGUGCUAUGGACUGGAAGGAUGGCAUAGGUACUUUGCCAGGAAGUGACCUAAAGUUUAGAGUGAAUGAAUUUGGGGCCCUGGAAGUGAUUACAGAUGAAACUGAGAUGGAAAGUGUUAAAAAGGCAACUGCUACCACUACCUGGAUGGUUCCAACUGCUCAAGAAGCCUUUUCAGAAAAGACAGGGAUCCCCACAAGGUUGAAGGAAACUGCAAAAAUGGAUGGACUUGUUUUCUGUGAAAACUGUUACCACUAUGGUACCAUAGAAGAAUUUGUUUCCGAAGGAAAGUUUUGCAGCCAGAAAUGUGCCCAGCAAGUAAAAAACAAAGAACCAAAGGAGGAAAAGCCCAGUGUGGAAUGCAAUGGGGAAGAUGAUUCCAAAGGCAUUCGGAAAAGAAAAGCAAAGUUACCUCUCAGAGAAGAGUCCAGGGAUAAUGGGGAGAAGAAAGAGAAUCCUGAUGAAACUGAAGACAAACCUGAAGGAAGGAUCUUGAGAGUCUCACAGAGAGCCAGGAGAAAAAGAAAAGGGGAAAUAACAGUUUUGAAGCAAACUAUACCCUCUAAAGGAAGGCAAGCAUGGUGUUGGGCAUCCUAUCUGGAGGAAGAAAAAGCUAUUGCAGUACCUACUAAGCUUUUUAAAGAGUAUCAGUCUUUCCCAUACAACAAAAAUGGUUUCAAAGUAGGGAUGAAGCUGGAGGGUGUGGAUCCUGAGCACCAGUCGAUAUACUGUGUUCUCACAGUGGCUGAGGUUUGUGGCUACAGAAUACGGCUCCAUUUUGAUGGAUAUCCAGACUGUUAUGAUUUCUGGGUGAAUGCUGAUUCUUCAGACAUUCAUCCUGUUGGAUGGUGUGAGAAAACAGGUCACAAGCUUCAUCCACCGAAAGGAUAUAAGGAAGAAGAAUUCAGCUGGCCCUCAUACCUAAAGGCAUGCAAAGCUCAAGCUGCUCCUAAAUCACUGUUUGAAAACCAGAAUGCAACAGUGAUUCCGUCGGGAUUUCGAGUGGGGAUGAAGCUGGAAGCUGUAGACAAGAAGAACCCGACUUUCAUUUGUGUUGCUACGGUAACAGACAUGGUGGACAAUCGUUUUCUGGUUCAUUUUGACAACUGGGAUGAGAGUUAUGACUACUGGUGUGAGGCAGCUAGCCCACAUAUUCAUCCUGUUGGAUGGUGUAAAGAGCAUAAAAGAACUCUCAUCACCCCACCAGAUUAUCCACAUGCUAAGCAUUUUUCUUGGGAGAAGUAUUUGGAAGAAACCAGUUCAUUACCUGCACCUGCAAGGGCUUUUAAAGUGAAACCUUCUCACGGCUUUCAGAAAAACAUGAAACUUGAAGUGGUUGACAAGAGAAAUCCAGUAUUUAUCAGAGUAGCAACCAUUGUAGAUACUGAUGACUAUAGAAUAAAAGUCCAUUUUGAUGGCUGGGAUAGCAUAUAUGAUUAUUGGACUGAUGUAGAUAGCCCUGACAUCCAUCCUGCAGGCUGGUGUACAAAAACUGGACACCCUCUUCAGCCCCCGCUUACUCCCUUGGAAUUGGUGGAAGCUUUAGAGCAUGGAGGGUGUCCCACAACAGGAUGUAAAGGAGUUGGACACAUUAAAAGGGCAAGACAUAUUGGCCAUCAUAGUGCAGUCAGCUGCCCAUAUUCAGAGAUGAACUUGAACAAAGAAAGCCUCUUACCUGAUCGGUUGAGUGGGGAGAUGCCUGCAGCCAGUCCUGUCCCCAGAAACAGAAAAGUGGAAGCAAGUGAAAGAUCCACUUCUCCUGUAAUCAAUGACAGAAAAUGCCCCAGCCCUGGUCACAUAGGUAUGAAAUCUUCACCUCACAACCGAUCAUCUGGAAAAACCAUGCCAGAAACAACUAAGCAGGAAGAAGCAGAAAGUAAAUCUCCUUGCAAGAAGUCCCUACUAUGUGAUGUGAAAGAAAAGAAGGCACCUGGUGGAGUACUACAAAUGAAGGACUCCAUAAAGAACAAAGAGUGUGAAGAAGAGGAGACAGAAAAUAAGCUGCUCAUUUCAAAUGAAAUUAAAGGUGUUGAAGAGCCCAGCACACAGAGGCUUCUUUGUCAACCAGUUAUUGUGUCUUCCAAGCUGCAAAUCCCUGGGCUACCUUUGCGCUGGGAACAGCAGAGCAAGCUCCUUCCAAGUGUAGCUGGAAUCCCAGCCAGUAAAGUUUCUAAGUGGAGUACAGAUGAGGUCUCUGAAUUUAUACGGAGUUUACCGGGAUGCGAAGAGCAUGGGAAGGUGUUCAAAGAUGAGCAAAUUGAUGGAGAAGCAUUUCUGCUAAUGACCCAAUCAGACAUAGUCAAAAUAAUGAGCAUUAAACUGGGGCCAGCCCUAAAAAUCUUUAAUUCCAUUCUGAUGUUCAAAGCUGCAGAGAAAAACUCACACAAUGAACUUUGAAGAGAAUGGAAAUGUGUACGAGUCAGCUUUCUCCACUGGAGUUCAUGUUUUAUUCAAAGCACAAAGACUUGCUAGAACUAUUGAGUAAGGACUCUCAGAAAGGAAGAAACGUAUGUUCAGCACUGGUGGACUGUUUAUAUUCUCCUGGAGCCAGUAGACAUUUGAAUCCUUUUGGGAACUGUUCAAGCUUUUGAGAAGGUACAGUUUAACAACUGAGUCAGCUAGUCUUAUUUACCAAACUAAUGACGCUAGUUCUCCAAUGAUGGUUAGGAUCCCUAACUUUCUCUGGACAUCAAGAAAACCUUCAUGAAUUAUUUAUGCUGUAUUAUAUAAGGGAAUGUUAAUAUUUUAUAAGAAUUCUUGAAUUUACUUCAUGUACCCAUUUACUUUUCAGAAGCUUUUACUUCAUACUAUAAACUGAAUAGCCAAAAGUUAGGCUACAGGUAGCCAGAUGAGACUGUUAUGGCUAAUACCUAUGUGUGCCAUAGUUUAAAAAUGAAACACAAUGUUACAUACGUGACACUUUAUGCUACAGCAUAUAACUUUACAGAUUAUAAAAAUGUCCGUUUGCUUGUAACAAAACAAACCUUGUUGGGGUUGAAAUUAUAAUGCUUUUUUGAUAACUGAAUGUUUUUACUUUUGCACGAUUACAAAAAUGUUAUGUGAGUUUUUCCACCAGCAUCUUUAAUGUAUUUUACCAAAAUAUCAGUAUAGAGAAGCCUGCAACUGAAAAAUAAACUUUGACUUCAUAGAAGACUUUUUGUUAAUGCUGCACAAUAGAGUCCCAGCCUUUCACAUGGGAACUUACUACAGUCCUUCAGCACAUCAAGGAAAAUACAUGUAUUUUGAGGUAAGGACAUUAGCAAAAAAGAAAAUAGAUUCAUUCAUGUCUGCACGUGCCAGUGUCCAGUGUAGUUACCACAACAGUGGAGAAAACCAGGGUGCCAAAGGUAGGACUGCUAUUCUGGCUUCAUAUUCAACAUAAGUUUUUUUUCCCAAUGGUGAAGAAUUAUUUCACCCACUACUUCCUAGUUGGAAAGUCUGAUUAUAAACAAAUAAGGCAUAGGGUGAAACAUAAAGCGUGGAGGGAAAGGAUACUUAAACACAUAUGGUGCAUCAGCACAUUCUAGGUGUAAAAUGCAUGCAUUUCACUGAGUCAUUAGCAGGCUGCAAAUGCCGUCAGCAAGUACUUAGGUGAGGCAACCUUACUUCUUGGAGGAUUAUUGUAACGAUUUGUCAGGGAAAGUUGUUGCACUUGGUAUAUAUAAGUAAGAUGUAAACCAGAUGCACUUUAAAUGGGAGAAAGCCUAGCUAUGUGUGUACUGAGGACUGUUCCAGAAUACUACUUUUGCAAGAAAGAGAAGAGUUGGAUCAGGAUUUUUGGCAGCCCUCUUAGUGCUGUGGUGGGCAGUUGCUCAGCCUUUAGAGCUGAGAACAAACAGCAUUUCCGUUGCACAGAGCUGGGAGAAUUUUGCAUCUUCCCACAGAUUUUGCCUGGCUGUUCUUUGGCUGGAGUUCCUUAAGAUUUCAAGAACACUCUGUGCCCUUUCCAGAUCAUGUAAGUGACUGGUACCUGCCAUAAUAGGAGGUAAAACAGGGUCAGUAUGAAGUAAGUUGCAUUGCUCUGUUAAUUUCUUUCCAUAGCAUUGCAUAAUUAAUAUUUUUUACAUUUUGUUCAAUAUUUGUACAUUCAAAUUGCACUCUUAUUGUACUACAUUACAAAUAAAACCUGAACUGGAGCUGUCU